UCUUUGAAGCACAGAAAAGGGAGUGGUCUCGGGCGUGAUAAGAGCUUGCUUCACGCCAUGCGUUUGACUAGGGGUGGUGAAGGUUCGAGGAAGCACAUAGGGAGACGCGCCUGGCAGAGAGCCGCUGGCACGCAACUGAAAUUUAUCCCACUACAUGAGGAAAGACAUCAACAAGACAUCUCGGUUACGGGGCUGGAAUAAAUACGAUUGGAUUUUUUUAUUUACUGAAGUGUCUUGAGUUUGCGUAAAUCUGAUUUGGAGACGUCGCUGGCAGUCCUCAACAAGUGAUGCUUCCCUGCCCGGUGACUUCAACGCCGUUCUCGGUGAAGGAUAUAUUAAAGCUGGAGCAACAGCAGAACUAUGUUUUUAAUCAGCAAGCGACCUUGCCGGAACUAGAUGUCCCUCCGAUGCAGUCUCUCCAGUGUAUGCACAACGCGCUCAGCCGAAGUCUGGAUUUACUGUACAGCCCGGACAAGCCAAACUUCACCGCCGGUGAACAGCCGAGAUGCGGAAUGAACUCAGAUGAUGACAUGCUCCGAGGCUGUGGUUCCCCGACGGAGGAUGAGGCUGAUCUAACUGAAGACUCAGGCACAGGCGGAAACGACAUUUUGAAUGGCAAAAUCAGGAGCGAUGACGGCAGGCCGAAACAGAGGCUGCGUCGGAAGCCGCGCGUGCUGUUCUCCCAGGCGCAGGUGUUGGAGCUCGAACGGCGCUUCAACCAGCAGCGCUACCUCUCUGCGCCAGAAAGAGAUCACCUGGCUACCCUGUUGAAGCUCACUUCUACCCAAGUAAAAAUCUGGUUCCAGAACAGACGGUACAAGUGCAAAAGACAAAGGCAAGACAAAACACUGGAGUUGGCCGGCCACCCGUUACCUCCUAGAAGAGUUGCAGUGCCAGUAUUAGUGCGAGAUGGAAAGCCCUGUCUUGGCGCUACGCAUGCGACACCAUACAAUGUUACAAUGGGCUCAUAUACGUACAACACUUACUACAGUGGUUACGGCAACAAUCCGUACAGUUGCAAUUACGCAGGUGUGUCGCCUUUGGUGAAUACUGCGCAAAAUCCUAUUGCUGAUCUGAGCCUGGCAAUGAGUAAUACAGAAGGGCCCAUCAGCCAGCAAGGACCCUUUCAAAGCUCUCUCCCGGGUAUCAGGGCAUGGUGAGAGCUGCGCAACAUAAACACCAUAUCAAUAUCAUGAAGAACAAAUUAUUGCAAAGCUCCGCAAUGGACAUAAAUGUUAGGUUUGCAGUGAAACACUGUACCAUCCUGACCCGAACCCCGACCUUAUGAAUAGACUAUGCCUAUCAAUUUUGAUUCAUAACGUAUUAUUGUUUUGUUAAUUAUUACAUUUGUAUUUCCAGCCAUUUAGACUGACACGUACGGGCCUGGCCUUCCUUCACCUGCCCCGAUCGAUCAGAUAUGAUUUAUUUGUAGGCAAUUUGUUAUUUUAAAUACAUUCCGAACAAACAAAAUGUCAACUGAUAU